GCUCACUCUGAUGGGCUUGUUCACUCGAGAAACAGUUAUUUUGUUAAUUUGUUAUAUUUAGCCAUAUCAGUGCAAUAAACAGUACUAACAAAGUACAUUGAAGUAGCCACAGCAUUAGCAGCAACAACAAUAACAACCUGUGUAACAAAUAUGUACAAGCUGCAAGCCUGGCAAUUUUCAGCCUAACAUUUAUAUAUCUGUGGGUGUGCGUGUGAUGUGUGCCUGUGUGUUGUGCUUGAUUAAUGAAAACAGUUGUGUUCGUAGUGGUGUAAACUGCAGCAAUAGCAAUUAAGUUUAAUUAAAUCAUAAAUUGGAUGUGAAAAGGCUGCCAGAGUGCAUUUAAAUAAAACCAGCAGAAGUCGUAGCAAAAGUAUUACGAGAUGCCACCGCUUAAGAGCUAUUCCAUGCACCACGAAUUCAAUACAAAUGCAAAUUGUAACAACGGCAAUGAGAACACCACCGAUAACGAUAACGAUUACUUCAGUCAGCCUGCCGCAUCUGCAGCUGCUGCCAGCACACAACGCACAAAUCUGCCCUCUUACUGCAAUGCCCAGUACCCGUUUAAGGUGCUAGCCAAUCUGAAUCAGUUGCGGGAGCAAUCGCGCUUUUGCGAUGUCGAAAUCGUAGCGGGCGAGUCCACCUUUAAUGCACAUCGCGCAGUUUUAAGCGCUUCCAGUGCCUACUUCGAGGCCAUGUUCAGGCCCGAACUGGGGCUCAAUGAAGUUAAACAGAAAUCUGUGGUUUUGCAUACAAUUGAUGGCGAUGUAUUACACAUACUCCUGGACUUUAUAUACACAGGACGUUGCGAGAUUACGCAGUCUAAUGUGCAGGAACUGCUUGCUGCCGCGGAUAUGUUGCAGUUGAACGAAGUGGUCGAUGGUUGCUGUGAAUUUCUGUGUCGAGAGUUGCAUGCCACGAAUGCAUUGGGUAUUUUGCGGUUCGCGGAAGCGCACAAUUGUGAAUCACUGGCAAAAAGUGCGAUGAACUUCGUGCAGGCAAACUUCCCAGCGAUAACUCUUGAAGAUGAGUUUCUGGAAACACCACAGACUCUAUUAUCGCAACUGCUUAACUCGGAGUUGUUGCGCGUUGACUCCGAAUCACAGGUGUUCCAAGCGGCGCUUCGCUGGAUAAAGCAUGAUGUUACGCAACGUCGGUGCUAUGUCUUCGAUAUACUGUCGCAUGUCCGUAUGGCCUUGGUGCCGGUGAAGGUCAUCGAUAAAGCUUUAAAGGACGAUUGUCGCGAUAUGUCUGUAAAAAUCGCGUUGCGAUCUAUUUGCCGAGAUAUUGCUUCAAAACGCGGCCAACUGGUGCCGCUGCGCGUCUGUCCACGUCAGCUGGCCAAGAAGAAUAUAUAUAUUAUUGGAGGAUCACAUCGCGAUACGCCGCGCACUUGGAACUCUGCGGACUGCACCUUCGAAACAGUGGCCAAGUUCGAUAUAUUCCGACGUGAAUGGACUGAGACGGCACCCAUGGAGGUGGGCCGCAUUCUGCCGGGCGUGUCGGCAUUAAAUGGCAAGAUCUAUGUAGUAGGUGGCGAACGGGGUUCACAAAUUCUGGCCAACGGCGAGGUAUACGAUCCUCAAAACGAUAUUUGGCAGCCUAUAGCACCGAUGAUUGUGCCCCGUUGCGAGUUCGGACUGUGCACCAUGGGGGGCAAUCUGUUUGCAGUGGGCGGCUGGAUAGGCGACGACAUUGGCGGCACCAUGGAGUGCUAUGAUCCAGAGAAGGAUCUAUGGAAACUGAUUGGCAGCAUGCCUCAGCCGCGCUUCAGCAUGGGCGUCGUCAGUUUUGAAGGACUGAUCUACAUAGUGGGCGGUUGCACUACGACCACAAGACAUUUACCGGACUUAAUAAGCUACAAUCCCGUGACCAAGGAAUGGACGCAAUUGGCACGCAUGCAAACAGCACGUUGCCAAAUGGGCGUCGCUGUGCUCGAUCGCUAUUUGUAUGUGGUCGGCGGCAGCAGUAUUAGUCAGGAUAUACUUAGCUCAGUGGAGCGCUAUAACUUUGACGACGACAAAUGGUCGACGGUCUGCGCACUGAACGUUCCACGCGCCAUACCCGCUGUGGCCGCCGCCGAUGGCCUGCUCUAUGUGGCUGGUGGUGAUCAGCCCUGCGAGGUGAACUUCUAUCGCGCCCAAGUAACCAUAAGCGCCGUCGAAUGUUACGAUCCACUCUCAGACACUUGGAAGAAUUGUCCUGACUUGCCGGUUAGCCGUUCCGAGGCAGGCGCUGUGGUUGUGUAAAAAAGAAGCCAAAAGUCCAACAACACUCUCACAUCUUACGAUCUUGUUUUAAGCACAUCUUAUAUGCCCGACAUUAACUCUCACAGACAUUUGCUUAUGUGGUAUACGCUAGUAGAUACCAUUACCAAAUCUAUUUUCUCUUUGAAAGUUGAACGUAGCGCUAUCUAACCAAGGCCAGACGCUCUGUGCGAUUCAUGUUUCCGAAACGUAGCUCAGCUAUUUAUACCCAGUUUAGUAUUAUCUAGAAGUUAGUCUGAAAAGUAACAGUAACAAUAGCCAGCAUCUGAUUGCUCCGUAGUAAAAGUUGUCCUUUAUAAAAGCGAAAACCAAAAUUGACAUGGAAAAAAGUAUAUCGAUGUAUCGUAAUUGCUGAAAAUUGUUCAUCUUAAGCCUAUUGAUGUUUAUGUUAAUCGAUUAAUCAUCCAAAUAUGUCAAGUCAAAGAUCGCCAGCAUUGUUGGUGCGUUCUUAAAAAGCGCGUGCCCGAAGAAAUUCGUAACUUUAUGAUUAAAAUGUACCAAAAACGAAAAGCAAACAUUCAAAAAGAAACAAACUGUAUUAAUAAUAGGUGUAUUUACGAAUAAUAAACGUACGACUAAAUCAAA